AACACAGAUGCCCGUGUGUCUGGAGCGCUUAUUCCGCUGGAUGUUAUUGAUCCGCGCCAGAGAAUAAACCUAGAAGCGCUGUUUUCCUUCAUUCGUUCAGAAAUACAUCGGGUUACGGAUUUAAAAGAGGAUUGAGACAGAAUAUCAGUUUUGCCGUAUAAGAUUUCGCAUAAAACAGGACCUGUUUGUAAAUACAGCACAUAAACCUCUCAUUAUAAAGCAUACAUCUGUGUCUGGAGCGCGCUCUCAUCACAUCAUUUCAUUAUUUUGCAUUUAUCUGCAGAUAUGGAUGAAGAUAAUCAAGUACCUGAAGAUCUGUCCUUAGAGGAGAGAGACGAGCUGUCCAACAUACGGCGCAGGAAAAAAGAACUGCUUGAUGAUAUUGAGCGGCUGAAGUUUGAGAUCGCUGAAGUGAUGACAGAAAUCGAACAGCUCACGUGUGUGGGCGAGAGCAAAACAACACAGAGAAACAAACAAAUUGCAAUGGGAAGAAAGAAAUUCAACAUGGACCCCAAAAAAGGGAUCCAGUUUCUUCUGGAGAACGACCUCCUGCAACAGACCCCUGAAGACAUCGCUCAGUUUCUCUAUAAAGGCGAAGGCUUGAACAAAACUGUUAUCGGGGAUUACUUGGGGGAACGGGAUGAAUUUAACAUCAAAGUGCUCCAGGCUUUUGUAGAGCUCCAUGAAUUUGCUGACCUCAACCUCGUCCAGGCUCUGAGGCAGUUUCUCUGGAGUUUCAGACUUCCUGGUGAGGCCCAGAAGAUUGACAGAAUGAUGGAAGCGUUUGCGUCCCGGUACUGCCAGUGCAACCCUGGAGUCUUCCAGUCCACAGACACAUGUUAUGUCCUGUCCUUUGCCAUUAUUAUGUUAAACACCAGUCUUCACAAUCCCAACGUCAGAGACAAACCCGCCGUAGAGCGUUUCAUCUCCAUGAACAGAGGCAUUAAUGACGGAGGAGACCUGCCAGAGGAGCUGCUCCGGAAUCUGUACGAGAGCAUCAAGAGCGAGCCCUUCAAAAUCCCAGAGGAUGAUGGCAACGACCUCACACACACGUUCUUCAAUCCGGACAGAGAGGGCUGGCUGCUGAAGUUAGGUGGACGUGUAAAAACUUGGAAGAGGAGAUGGUUUAUUCUGACCGACAACUGCUUGUACUAUUUUGAGUAUACAACAGACAAGGAACCACGUGGAAUCAUUCCUCUGGAGAAUCUCAGCAUCAGAGAGGUGGAGGAACCCCGGAAACCUAACUGCUUCGAGUUGUACAAUCCCAACCAUAAAGGGCAGGUGAUCAAGGCGUGUAAGACAGAGGCAGAUGGGAGGGUGGUGGAGGGAAACCACGUCGUCUACAGGAUAUCAGCACCCACACCAGAGGAGAAAGAAGAAUGGAUCAAAUCCAUUAAAGCGAGCAUCAGCCGGGACCCCUUCUACGACAUGCUGGCCACCAGGAAGAGACGCAUCGCCAACAAGAAGUGAAACCGUUCCCCCAAAGCCUGUUCACGGCAACACACACUGUCUUCUAGGACAGCCUUUGUGCGAGUGUGUUUGACGGGCCCAGCAGCUGAAGAAUUCAAUGUUUAUAGUUCCUUUCUUGUGUUUCUACUCGUAUAAAAACACAGCUGUCCUGAUCUGUAUGUAUUUGCAUGGAUGUUGGUAUGUAUACCUGGGCGGCUCAUGUGAGAGUCCAGAGGAAGUCGUUUGUGAACUCUUACUACAGAUGUCAGAUAGAAAAGCCAUUUAUUUCAAGAGACUAGACUUAUUUCGACGCCCAACGACCUGAUGAUGUGAUCACACAGGGCCAAGCCUACGUGGCCUGCG